UGUCCGGGCAGCGCCGGGGGCUGCUGCUGCCGCCGCCGUUGCUGCUACCACCGCCGCCACUGCCGCGAGCGGGGAACCGCGAUGGCCCAGUGGCCCGCGCCGCCGCCGCCGCCGCCCACUGCCUCCUCUAAGGGGCCCCCGGCGCGCAAGCUGCUCUUCAUGUGCACCCUGUCUCUGUCCGUCACCUACCUGUGCUACAGCCUCAUGAGCUGCUACAGUUCUCUGCAGUUCCCGCUGGCGCUGCAGGAGCCGCCCGGCGCCGGGGAGCCCUCGGGCGGUCCCCCUCCCAGUCCGCCGCUACUGCCCUCCCUCCUGCCUCCCCGUGUCCAGCUCGGCCCCUCGCGCCCUCCGCCGCCGCUGCCGUCCCUGGGAGCGCUGGCUAACGCAAGCCGGAGGGAGCCACCGGACUCCCCUCAGGCCCCCGGAGACCACUGGGGACUGGGCAGCAGUGGCGGAGAGGGGGCAGCCAACCGGGACACUUGGAUUCGGACCCCCUUAGCCCCCACCGAGAUGAUCACGGUGCAGAGCGGGCUCUUCGAGAGGGAUCCUCAUGAGUCCAGCACCACGGACGAGGAACUGACCGGCCGGAGGGGAGGUAAUAGUACCAGUGGAGGAGGGGAAAAGGGGGCCCCUGGCCCUGGCACCACUACCCCGGACUAUGGAGAGAAGAAGCUACCGCAGGCGCUGAUCAUCGGGGUGAAGAAAGGAGGGACCCGGGCUCUGCUGGAGGCGAUCCGAGUGCACCCAGACGUGCGGGCAGUGGGCGUGGAGCCGCACUUCUUCGACAGGAACUACGAGAAAGGGCUGGAGUGGUACAGAAAUGUAAUGCCCAAGACACUGGAAGGGCAGAUAACAAUGGAGAAAACACCGAGUUACUUUGUAACCAAUGAAGCUCCCAAACGCAUCCACUCCAUGGCUAAAGAUACCAAGCUGAUUGUGGUUGUGAGGAACCCUGUGACUCGGGCAAUCUCUGAUUACACACAGACCCUGUCCAAGAAACCAGAGAUCCCGACCUUUGAAGUUCUAGCCUUCAAAAACCGGACCCUGGGGCUGAUUGAUGCCUCCUGGAGUGCUAUCCGCAUUGGGAUCUAUGCCCUGCACCUGGAAAACUGGCUUCAGUAUUUUCCCUUGUCUCAGAUCCUGUUUGUCAGUGGUGAGAGGCUGAUUGUGGAUCCCGCUGGGGAGAUGGCCAAAGUGCAGGAUUUCCUAGGACUCAAACGAGUGGUGACUGAGAAACAUUUCUACUUCAACAAAACCAAGGGGUUCCCUUGUUUGAAGAAGCCAGAGGACAGCAGUGCCCCAAGGUGCUUGGGCAAAAGCAAGGGGCGGACUCACCCCAGAAUUGAUCCAGAUGUGAUCCACAGACUGCGGAAAUUUUACAGACCCUUCAAUGUUAUGUUUUACCAAAUGACAGGUCAAGAUUUCCAGUGGGAACAGGAGGAAAGUGACAAAUGAGGCCAGAAAUUCUGGGGAAAGCAAUCUGAUAGAUAGAGGUGAAUCACUGGCUGAGAUGUGAAACUCCCCAGCUGGCUUAUGGCCACAGCCUGGCACCCAGGCAGUUCCCAAUCCCUUGGUCAGGUUGCAGGGUUCCCAUCCCUGCUGAGCUAAAACCUUAAUGUCCAAGCAGUAGGAGGUCUUUUAUGGGUCUCUCUCCCUUCAGUUCUCCCUCAAAUCUGGUAUGUUCAUUAUCCAGUUGAAGGGCUUAGGGAAGGAAUAAGUGGGAGAUUGCUUUCAGCACAAUCCCCCCCACCCCAAAAGGCAAACUAUGUCUGCUUUUCACAGCUGGCACAUAAUCAACUUGACUAUCUGAGACCCAGUCCUUUGGUCUUAGCUGGUGAAUGUCAUUGGCCAGUACAGCAUGAGGGUGAUCAAGAAGAUAAUAUCCUCCAUACACACACAUGCAUCCAUUCACACAUCCUUAGCAAAAGUCAUGGUUAAACAGGGAAGGAAUUGAGUUUGAAGCACCCCCUUCCUCUCACUGGCCAAGAUGUCUGAUUCAUCCUGUAUCUGACAACUUUUUAUCCUUCAGAUGACCUCAUUUCCUUAUCCCUUGCACAGGCUUAUUUAGCCCCUCCAACUAGGAGUCCCAAGAGGCUCCAGAUGGCCAUUUAUAGGAAGGGAUGAGGGAGGGAUACAUGUCUGUGCAGCCCUCAGGAACUCUGAUCCUGAGGCUGGGGAGGCAAGUCCAAUGUGUCAGAGAUCAUCAGUUUCCCACAGAAACGCCUCUUAUGUAGCCUCUUCAUCUUUGAUGUUGGGGUAAAAGAGAUGUAUCCCUCACUUAAAUAGAUUGCUCCUCAGGGCCACCUCCUCCCCACCAAGUGUAGAAAGCAUGACUUGCUUCUAGAGAGCUUUCAGGGUGGAGGACCUCCUCUUCCAGUGGAAUGGGGGGGUAAGCUUAGCAUCACCUCUCAUUUUAGAAGCAGGGGUCUUCCCAAGCAAACUUGAUUGUAUUGUUCUACUGGCAAGCAGCAGAGUGGCCUCUCAGCUCUUGCAAGAUUCCUGAAGUGGUUGGAAAACUAAGAUUGUCCAACCCUCUUUUGAUUGGGGAUAAGGAAAAAAGCCUAUUUCCCCAGGAAGACAAAGUGUUCCAUGCUGCUUCUGGAUAGGAUUCUCUGGAUCUCUUGCUUAAUCUGAUGCUCAGGGCCAGGAAGCUAUAGCCUGUCACCCACAAGGCAUGCCCCUUUGCCUCUUCCUUCCCCACUUCUCCAAAGGCCUGGGACAUGGGACACAUUCAUUCUCUGGAACUGGCUAUAAGUAGACCUCUGAGAACUUCCAGGUCUUGAAAUGAUUGGAAUUGAAGUAAAUGCCACUAGGUAGCUUGGGGAGGGCAAGAAGCCAGUUCUAGCUGGGCCUCUCAGGCCAGCUUGCUGCUGCCAGUGGUCCAUAGUCGGAGGCAAAAGAGCUAACUUCAUUUGUCAGACUUGGAGGGGCGGGCCAGAAUAGGAAUGUGCACAUCAGGUGUGGCUGAAUAAAAUGUCAGUUCCCAUUAGCUUGAUUUGAUUAAAACACAGCGUUUGACACAAAGCACUUUUCCACAGGCCGACAAAACCAGAAAUCAUUCCAGUAAAACUGAAAAUAUGUAGUGGGGAUGAGUUUAAUUUUUCUCAGAUGUUAUUAAAAUGUCAUUUCUCCCGCUAAAUGAAAACUGUGUUGUUAUAAAAAUGGAAUGCAACCUGAUUAAUGGGUUCUGAUAGCAUUUCUUUUAGUCUCCCCAGUUUCCAAUAAGCAUGCAUCCACUCUCAAAGCAGGUUGGAUAGUCACAGCUGCAUUCUCUUUUGGGACCUGACACCUGCUUCACCUGAUGGAUCUGGAUACUGCAGAAAGCAAGGAGGCUCUUGGGAAUAUUUUACAGAGCCAUGUUCAGGGGAAGGAUAGAGUCUGGGACCAUGGCUUUCUCUGUCCCAGACAGUUCUGACAAAAAAUGGACUCGUGCCUAAUUCAGUAUAUCCAACUGAAACAGCCUUAUAAAUGAGAAUUAUUUUUUCAAACAAGAAGGUUCCUAUUGAGCUGAAGGCAAUAGAAACACCUUUAUUACCAAAAAGAAGAUAUAGAUAAGAUUUAGGGAAAAAAAUGAUAUAUGUAGUAUGUGAAUAUUUGAAAGAAAAAAAAAACACCUUAAAUGUAACAGGGUCAAGAAGUUUGCACUGUUAGCUGCUUAUAUGGCCCAUUAUACAAAAAGAAUUGUUACUCUUCUUCCCUUUCUUUCUCACACACUAGCUAUUUUUGCUCUUAUGAAAUCAUCCUCUAAUGGAAGAGACCCAAAAUAAGUCAGCUUCUGAGAUCUAGGGUGUGGUUAAGGGGCUAAAAGCAAGCUAGCUUAGGUUAGCUACCCUAGAAGCAGAAUUGGAUUUUCACGAGUCUUUGACUCUUGCCCAGAUGAUAAAUGGGGAACUGGGGGUUCUACAUGUAACAGCUAUCAAGGAGCAUCUGUUUAUACAAAAUCCCAGCCCCCUUUUCCUCCCAGCCCUUUUCUUGGAGAAUCCCCCAACUGAAACCUAUAGUCUAGAACUUAUUUAGGAAAGGGAUUUAAGAGCUAAAUUUCCUCAUUCUCAAGGGAGGAAUACUCUCUAACAGGGUUCCUCAAACUACGGUCGCAGGCCAGAUGCAGCAGCUGAGGACGUUUCUCUCCCUCACCCAGGGCUAUGAAGUUUCUUUAUUUAAAGGCCCACAAAACAAAAUUUUUGUUUUUACUAUAGUCCAGCCCUCCAGCAGUCUGAGGGAUAGUGAACUGGACCCCUAUUUAAAAAGUUUGAGGAUCCCUGCAGUGAGUCUAUAACAUCUUUAACAAGACCCUUCCUUUCAACAAGCCUCAGUUUUCUCCUCUGUCAAAUGGAAAUUUGGAUUAAAUAAUUUCUUAAAUUCUAAUCCUAAAAUGCACCCCAGAUUAGUGGUAGGGUCAACUCAGUACCUUCAUCACAUCUGGUACAACUCCCUUCAGUCUACCUGUCUGUCCUAUCUAGGAAAACAUUUAUAAAACAAGGAAAAAUAAUGCAUUUGCAAUCAGGUUUGGAUAAGAGUUCCUGAGGAGAUAAGCCAGACAGCUUAAUAUGAAAUCUUCCCUUGCCUCCUCAGUCUCCUUUCAAUGUUGAUUUCUACAGAAAGGGUUUUAGGAGCAAGUCCAUGUUGGAUCAGAUGUGAUAAAGUUGGGAUUUUAGAUUUGACUCCCGGGGAAUAAAACCAUGGCCCAAGGUGCUUAUAAUUUGUAUUUCUUCUCCCUUCCUAUCCCUCCAAGGAUUUCUUUUUUAUGUAGGUUAUAUCUCUAUGAUCCAGGGAGAAGUAAAGCACUUAGGGACUCAAAAAGGCCUUUCCUAGAGUUUGGAAUAAGUGAAAAAAAUUCCUUAUUUUUCCUCUGUGUGUUGAACAGAAGAGGAUUUAAAAAAAAAUAAGAUACUUUGGUCAAGGGCUAACCAUCACCUCUUCAAUAGCAGGCAAGGGUUAUGGAUAUAGCUACUCUUACCAGAUGUCUUGUCCUUGAAAACAGCUCUCAAAAGGGUCUCUCACAGCUCCAGAGAGGCAGAAGAAUAGGAAACCAUUCUUCAGAAAUGUCAUAAAGGAAGGAAGAAAGAGAUUUAUUAAUUUUUAAAGCAUCCAUUUGGAGACAUAUUUGAAAGAUCCAGAUUCCAAAAAGAAAUACAAAAAUUUAUAUUGUUAAACCUUGCUUUUUACAUUGUUGACUUUGGUUUUAUUUUACAUGACCCUUUAAAGGGAUAUGCUGAGCCCAAAUUGCCUUUUUAAAAAAAAAUGGGACACUUGACAAAAGGAAUUAUUUCCUAGCUAGGUGGGUGUAACUCACCUGCAGGAAGAGAAUUGGGUUAAUAAUUUUUUUCUUUCCUAUUUAAAUGUCAGCAUUGCAACCCACAAGAGAUUGAAUUUUGUAUUUGAUUUCAAUUAGCAAAGCAUAAAUUAUGUUUAAUUUUUUACAAGCUGUGUGGAUGAUUCACCGUUCUGGAAAGGCUGCUGCCGGGUGGUUCAGGGCUGGGAAAUGGAGAAUUUAGCCUUCCAAACUAUGCUUGCUGCUGACAGUUCUGCCUAAUAGGCCUCUUUCUUUCUGUAUUGGUCUGUACUGGAAGGAGAUGAGCAACUCAAAUUUUAAAUCUGAACCAGCCAGCUCUAAUAAAAUAUUGUGGCAGCCACAUCUCUGGGCUCCAUUGAUAUUUAGCUUCUGCUCAUGAACUAUGCCUGAAAUACAAGCAAUCAAUAAACCAAUCAACAUAUAUUUAUGAAAUGCAGCAUUGUGCUAGGUACCAGGUAUGAAAAGAUGAGAUGAUCUAGUCCCCACCCUCACGGAGUUUAUAUUCUAGAUGAAGUCUCUGAUGAUCAGAUUCUAGCCUAGGAAUUGUUCACCUUUAUUUAAUUUUUUUUGAAUCUUGCACCCUUUUGACUGUCUAGUGAAACCCAUGAAUUUCUUCUCAGAAUGUUCUUAAAUGCAUGUGAUAAAAUACAUAGAAUUAUCCAGGAAAUUAGUUUUAUUGAAAUAAAAAUGCAUUUUCUCACAUCCACCUUCAGGAACCACUGGAAGUCUAUCAUAAGAUUCUAGGUUAAGAUUUUCUUCAAAAAGUCCAACACUCUAGAUAUAGGUUAAUGUCCAGUCUGUCACCUGAACAAACAGCUCCUGAGGUGACACUCAGACUUAAAAGUACUCAUUUCCCAAAUAGUAGGUGAGUCUUGGAGGAAAAAAAAGAAAAGGAGUAAUAGCAUUGAAAUUUGACUGUGCUGCUCUCUGUCAAUUCAAUUCAUUUUACUAGACAUAUAAUAGAAAAACUACUGGAGAGAAUGAAUGCAGUCAGUGAAUCCUGGUUUUUCUCUUCGAUGUUUUUGAUACUAAUAUGAGCCUACUAUAUACAGAACAUUGUGCUAUGCCCUGAAGGAGUCAUAAAGAAGAGUUAGAUAUGAUGACUCUAUCAUUCAAGGAGUUCACAGUCCAAUGGGUUGAUAACACACAAACAACUAAGUACAAACAAAAUAAAUUGGAGAUAAUCAGAGAAAAAGCAGUGAAGAAUGUCACUGAAAAACUUCUUCUAGGAUUGAGAUAAUUCAAGUUCCUUAAUCUGUGUGGUGAUCCUUAGAUCCUUAGGCAUAUAGCCAUGUCUAUAUUGCAACUAUUCUUGGAAACACAACUUUCCUAGGUCGAAAAGAUAUGAAAUUACACUAACAACUCAUUUGUAAACCUUCAGGCACAAUUUAAAUGUGAUACGUUAUUAUUGGGAGCAGGAUUGGAGCUAUGAUUUCACUAAUAUGACUUUUCUGCACUUUAUGGUCUUAGAGUUGCUUGAGGCACUUAGAGGUUAAGUGACUUACUCAGAAUCAUAUAGCCCAUACCCAUCAGUGGAAGAAUUCGAAUGGUAGCCUUCCUGAACUCUCUAUCCAAUGAGACAUUCUGCCUCUCUUAUUAUUAAUAAUAAAUAUCAAAAUUACAGGCCCUAACACUUUUGAAUUUAUCAUCUAGUUAGGGACUGAAGUUGGGGGUUGGAAUACAUAAUCCUUGAGGUCCCAUUUCAUUUUAUAAUUCUGGGAUAUCGCUCUCUUUAAAAAAAAAAAAUCCUUUUUGGAUUCCCUCAUGAUUUUUCUACUCUCACAUAAACCCUAUUACUCUGCUCAGCAGAUUCCAAAGAAGCCAGCUACUCAUAAAAUGAUGAAUUUUGAACUUCAUCUUCCCUGUGAAGUCUCCAUUCACUGACCAGUUAUUGCUUUCUCCCUCUUGAAAUCAUUAAUUAUGUUAUGUUGUUUUUCUAUGCACUCCAACCCCAAUUCAAUGUAAACUCUUAGAAGGCAGGGACUAUCUUGUUUUCAUCUUUCUAACUUCAGUCCCUAUCAUAGUAGGUAGGUGCUUUAAUGUAUUAGAUACAGAAUGAAUUUUUUUUUAAUUAAAAGACCCUAUGAAAUAUAAUGGACAUAUUGUGGAAUGUCAGGAAGGCUUGGGUUUGAAUCCCACUUCAUAUAGUGACCAAUUGUGGGAUAUUGUGUGAUCAAGUCAUUUGACCUUUCUCAACCUUAGUUUCCUCAUCUGUAAAAUGGAGGUGAGAAUAGCAUUUACUUCACAAAGUUGUAACCAACAAAUCUGAUAAAAUAUGUAAACUGUUUUGUGAACCCAAAAGUUCUAUAAAAAAGCUAUCAUUAUUAUUGAAUUUUAAGGGUCUCUAAAGGUCAUCCAUUCUAACCCUCACUUGAGAGUUGACAAAAAUAAAGAAAUUUAAGUGACUUAUCAAAGAUCCAAUGGCUAAGUGGCUGAGCUAGAAUUUAAAGUCAGGUUUUGUGACUCUCAAGCUAGGGAUUUUAUGCUCUCCUAACUAGGCUACCAAUCCAAGAAGUCAUUCCUAUAUUUCAAGGACCAGACUCAGAUGAAAUGUAUUGUCUUCUUAUUCAAUAAAAUUGUAAAGUAUAGAAAUAGAAGGGGAUGAUGCUCAAGGAAAUGGAAGCAGCUUCUCAAGGGCCCAGCAAAUGACUCGUAACAAAAUGUAAUUUGAUAAUUGGUGUCACUUGAAAAACACAGAAUUUCUAGCUUUGCAUAAUAGAUGCCUAUACCAUAUGAUAUCCAGUACACAAGAGACAAAGCUUGUUAACAUGCACCAAAGAAAUCAACCAAUAACAACAAUAAGUACCAUUUAUAUAGUACUUUUAAAGUUUGUGAAGUGCUAUGUGAAUAAUAUAUCAUUUUAUCUUCACAAGAACACUGGUUAGAAGGUGUUAUUUUUAUCUAUUUUAUAGAUAAGGAAACUGAGGCAGACAGAUCCAAUGACUUGCCUAGAGUCAUGUGUCUAGAAAGUAUCUGAAACCAAAUUUGAAUUUUCCUGACUGGGCCCCAACAUUCCAUUCACUCAGCCACCCAGAAGUAUUUGUUAAAACAUUUACUAUGUACCAGGCAUUGAUUUUUUUCAAUGAGAAUAUAAAGACAAAAAUGAAAUAAUCGUUUCACCUCAAGAAAUCUUAUUUUAUCAAAAGAUGUAUAUUUACUGGAGAGUCUCUAAGUGAAGAUUAAGACUAUAUGCUUAAGCAUGAGUGAAAAACAAUAUCAUACACACACACACACACACACACACACACACACAAAUACAAAUUGAGGGCAGCUCUGUGGUGCUGUAGCUGGUCCUGGAGUCAGGAGGACCUGAAUUCAAAAUUGGCCUAAGAAUUGACCCUGGGCAAGUCACUUAAUCUCAAUUGCCUCCUCACCCCCAUCUCCAAAAGGAACCGGCAUCUGAAUUGAAAAGAAUUCUACUUUCCAUGAAAUCCUGGAGUAUUGAUGCUUAAAUGGACUUUAGGGAUUACCUAUCCAAAUAAUCUCAUUUUAUAGGUGAAUUUUAUAGAGGUAAAUAUUUGAAUAGAGCCACACAGCUUGAAUAUGGAAGAGCUGAGACCUAGUUUUUCAUGCUGCAGGUUCAUGAUUCUGUCCAUGACAUUGGGCUUCUUGGAUGAUUCACUUGUUCUGUCUGGCUUUGGUUUCUACAUCUAUAAAAAAACAAACAAAUAAAAUGUUUUAUUAGUAAUCUAUAGUUCCCUCCAGUUUUGAUACCCUAUGACUCUAUAAUAAUAACUAUGAGGAUGUUCCUGGAGAGAAGGAGGCUGGGUCAGGAUGUUUAGAAUAGUAACCUGAGAAAAACAAAUAUAUGCAUAUGUAUACACCCAUAUAUUUGUUUCUAGAAAUAUACUUGAUGGGGUAGUCAGAACCCUUAGAAUUCAGCCAAGGUAAGACGAUUAGGAGAAAAAUUGGGAAGCACUAAGGAUAGAGUCCUGUGAUGAUUUAACCAGAGAGUCAGCAGUAGCUCACUCAGUGAACCUUGGCAGAUAGCUGGUCGUAUCUAAUCUGCCCUCCCAUCGGUAGGUAUAAAAAAGUAAGAAGCAUGGAGCUCACAGUCUUUGCUAUAUUGCCCUGGAAGAGUCCAGUGGCAGUACAAAUGGCAUAGCCUUAUUCCUAGCUGAGUUUAGGAUGAAAACAGCAUUACGGUACAGUGAGCAAUAAUAGUUAGAGCUGACAUUUAUGCAUCAUGUUGAAGUUUACAAAAUGUUUUCCUUCUCAACCCUGUGGGGUUGAUAGGAUAAUAAUACCUAUGGCAUUUGAUAGGGUUGUUUCAAGAUUAAAUAAGAUAGUGAGUCUAAAAUGCUUUGUAAACCUUAAAGGACUAUAUAAAUGCUAAUAUUAGUGUAAGUAAAAGGCAACUUCUUGAAGGAGAUAAAAUCCUGCUUUUGCAGUCAGGAUGACCUUGGUUUGAGAAUUACCUCUGACACGCCUGUGACUCUGAGCACGUCCCUUAAUUUGCCCCAGACAACACUCUAAGACUGAAGUACAGAGCAAAUACCAAUCUCCAAUGGUGGAAGGAGUUUCCUCAUCUGGAUGAAUUGAAGAACUCAUUUCUUCUCUCUCUUAGUCUGUUAUUCUUUCCAUUAGAUUCUGCUGGAUUCAACCAUUCAGGUGUCCUUUGCCAAUAGCAGUAAGUUCUCCACACCCAAGUAUACAUGUGAGGGACAUAUGAUCACCACUAACAACUGUGGAUGAAAUGGAAUAGUAAUUAUGGAUAUGUCUCUGCUGGAUAAUAAAGUGAGUUUAUGUGGUUGCUCUCUA